CACUGGAGUUUUCUCUUAUUAUAAUGGAUGUUCAUAUAGUCUCAUCGAUCGACUCGCCCGAGUUCACUCACCUGACUCGGGCCCUGUCUCGAUCCACGCUCAUCGGACUCGACGCCGAAUGGAAGCCCAUUCGGUCACAACAGUCCACUUUCCCCAUGGUGACCCUUCUCCAACUCGCCUGUCAACUCGGAGACGACCCAGCCCAGUGGGACGAGUCGUUGGUCUUCUUGCUCGACCUCGCCUCAAUUCCCUUAUCUUCGAUAUGGGAAUUGUUAAAAGACGUGUUUGUUUCCCCAGAUAUAUUGAAAUUGGGGUUUAAGUUCAAGCAAGACUUAAUUUUUUUGUCUUCCACUUUUCGUGCCCAAGGAUGUGAUCCUGGCUUUGAUAAAGUGGAGCCCUAUUUGGACAUCACAAACGUCUACAAGUUUUUGCAACAUAAACAAGGGAAGAAGGUAUCAAAGGAUACAAAGAGUUUGUCAGCUAUAUGUAAAGAAGUGUUGGGUUUUUCUCUUUGCAAGGAACUUCAAUGUAGUGAUUGGUCACAUCGUCCUCUUACAGAAGAGCAGAUAAGAUAUGCAGCUACAGAUGCACACUGCUUGCUUGGAAUAUUCAAAGUCUUCCAGGCCAAGGUUGUCAAAGAAGGGCAUUCAUGUAAUAAAGUCAAGGAACUGCGUCAAUUUAAUGUUAGUUUAGGACUGAAAGAUAUUCUUGAGAUGCCUGAUGGUGAUAAUAAGCUUAUUGGGACCAAAUUUUGCAACGCACUUGAUAUUGUCCAGGCUACUGCAUCUUCUGAAGACUGUGAAAGAAUAGCCAAGGGAGUGGAGGUUAUCAGAAAAACUAAGCCUAUGGAUGAAUCUCUCUGGAAGAUAGUAAGAAAAUAUGGUGAAAAACUUUUGUUGCGAGAAUCUGAUAGAAUUCCUAAAACUUCGAAAAAGAAAGGAAAAAAAGGGUCCUUGAUGGUUGAUUGCAGAGAAAAGCAGCUAGAGAAUUCUGGUGACUGGCAAGGCCCCCCACCAUGGGAUAUUUCCUUGGGGGGUGAUGGAUGCCCUAAGUUUUUGUGUGAUGUGAUGGUUGAAGGCUUGGCGAAACAUCUACGUUGUGUUGGUGUAGAUGCCGCUAUUCCACAUUCCAAAAAGCCGGAACCCAGGGAGCUGAUAGAUCAAGCAUACAAAGAAAAAAGAGUGCUUUUGACUCGAGAUGCCAAGCUAUUGAGACACCAAUAUCUGAUAAGGAAUCAAAUAUAUAGGGUGAAGAAUCUUCUGAAAAACGAACAGCUACUGGAGGUAAUUGAGAUUUUCCAAUUGAAAAUUAGUGAGGAUCAGCUGAUGUCGAGGUGCACCAAAUGCAAUGGGAGAUUUAUCCAAAAGCCGCUGACAACAGAAGAGGCAAUUGAAGCUGCAAAGGGUUUCCAAAGAAUUCCUAACUGCUUGUUUGACAAGAAUUUAGAAUUUUGGCAAUGCAUGGAUUGCAACCAACUUUAUUGGGAGCUUGUUCUCGUACGAGCAUGAAUUAAAUCUUCAAUGGCAGUUAUGUCAAAUCCUUCAAUAUGUCAGGUAGGUUUCAGUACAUGGGAAAACAAAUCUACAGUAGACUUACCAUGUCAUACCUUCUCUUAUCGGUUCGUAUUUCAAAGGGGCUAGUGUGGUUCUCCUGUUCACGAUGCAGCCCCCCUGGACUAAAACCAUGGUCAUGUUGGCUCUAAAUAAUAAUUGUAGGCUUGGGGCCGAUCUCUCCAUAUGCUGACAUGGGGAAGGGGGUUAUCUAAAGGGUUUGGUUUUGUGGUGAACCCUAAACAACUGAAAUCAGCAUCAGCAUCACAAUCCCGAGCAGAGGAGGUCGUCCCUUGAGAUUUUUAUGUUCUUUAAGUUAAUCACUGUUAUGUAGAUUAUAAUAGCAGCAGAGACUAUAUUAAGUAAACAUAGUGAGUGAGAAUGCAAUUCGAUGCAUCUCAAGUAUGACUUUCGUGUGUCUAUUAUGCCUUAUACUGGGACCAAAUAUAUCUGCACUUGCUUGAACUAUAACAUUUUCAUCCUAUGCUGCACUUUUAUCUGGAAACUAUGAUCUGUUCAGUAAAUCUGCAACUAACCAUCCAUGGUUGGAUCUUAAGUAGCAAACAUUAUUAACGUCUUUGUAAAACUUUU